GAGUGCCAUCAUUAUUUUCGACUUGCGGUGAACGCCCAAAUCCUCUGAGAACCCUCUCCCCGCUCUGCUCCGCUGCCUCUUUCACCUCGCCCAAACUUUCUCUCUUCGCUGUACUACUACUAGUUCCCACCCAACUUCAGUGUGGGGGUGCCCAAAUCACGGUGCUCCAUCAGGUUAUUCGAUUCAUCCAAGCCCUCAUUGAUUCCGCACUGCGCAUCCCGUGCCGCCAUUUUGCUUUCGCUGCAAUCUCAGGUUGAAUCCGCCAUUGUUGGUGUUUCUCCAACGACGCGGUGGCUGCGUGCGUGGUUUCUUCUUGCUCCAGCGGUUUCGCUUGAAGUGGCAGAUGGGGUCCGCGUCGGUGCAUCCGGAUACGUCGCCUGGGCUACACAAUGGCGCUGAUCGAUUGGAUAGAACUGAGUGAUGAUGCAGAGAUUAUUGAAUUGAGCAGUAGCGAGGAGAAUGUCGAAGAAUAUCAGGAAGCUUCCACACAGAGCAACUCAGCUCAGCACCAAGCUACAUUGCAUGAUGAUCAGACCAUGUUUGUCACAGAAGGUGAACGAAGGGAAGAGGCUACCGAAUCUGGAAAUGCAGAGGAAGCUACUGCAUCCUCCUCCGUUACUGAAAAAGAGUCUGGAAAUCCAGAGGAAGCUACUGUAUCAGAGACUUGUCCUCACACUCCAACAGCCGUUGUUACUCCAAAAGAGUCCGGAAAUCCAGAUGAAGCUACUGUAUCACAAACUUGUCCUCACACUACAACAGCUGUGACGUUCCCCGGACCUGAUCCCCUCUCUCCGAAGGCUCUGACUUUUCAAGCCUGUGUCGCCAAGCCGCGGAGAGCGAAGGCGAAACGUCGCAGGAAGCUCUUCCACGCCGAUACACCUUGGACUUGGAGGAGCCCUAGGCUUGAAGACAAGCAUAAAGGUCGUAGAAGGCCCGUGGAAGAGCUGGCAGUUGAGCGCAAGGCUUCUGCCAUGCCGGAAGAAGAAGAACAGAAGAACACCUCGGCUAGGAGCCGGAGGAAAUGCAAGGUGUUCGGCAAACGGUGUAACCUCGGCAGAUAGUCUCCACUGAUCCCGCAAAACUAAGGUAGUCGACUGAAGAUGAAAGAUGAUCGUCUCGAAACUGUCUGGAUUUUGGCGGUCCAGUUUGCCUCUCCUGUGACGCGGGAAGAAUCACUAGUGUUGGUGGGGUUUGGUGGGGUCGUGUUGCCCUUGUUGCGCUGUCGAUAUGAGGGCGCUUGCGUUGGACCACUUGGGUACAUUCGAAGUUAUGGAACUACUAUGUGGCUUACUGGACGCAGCUCUUAUCGUGCAGUGAAGAAAAUAUGUACGUGCUCUUAUCGUGCAGUAAAGAGAUGUGUAGGACAUAGAUAAAUCAUGAACGUCAGGUUUUUGGAGUUUCAGCCCGAAUGAGCUCAGCGCCGU